AUGGCUUUCUACUCCAAAAUCGAUCUGGUUAAAUGUAGGGCAUUUUCUCUAUCCUUGAAGGGAGAGGCUCUGGAAUGGUAUUAUACCCUCCCUCCUAACAUAAUGGACAACUUCCUCACUGUCAUGACUUUGUUCAAAAAACAUUAUGCCGCCAAUAGAUUAGAGGAGGUAACUGUUGCGGAACUCGUCAACCUUAAACAAGAUAAGGACGAACCCCUCAGAUCUUUCAUGCAGAGAUACAACGAAGCUGCCAGGCGAGUGAAAGGCGUCAACCAGGAGUUCAUCAUCAGCAAUUUGCCCAAUUGCUUGAAGUCGGGAUACACCGAGAUCCCCACUAAUGGGAACAAGAAAGAAACAAGACAAGUUCGUGAAGGAGACCGAAAACCUCCUCCUAGAAGAGAUCUACCCAUACCUUUGGGUCCUCGUUAUGAUCACUACGCACACUUAAAUGCACCGCUAGCAAAAGUGUUUAAAGAAGCUUUGAGCGCCGAACUCAUCAACAUAAAGAAGCGGCCCACACCCUGGGCCGCUGAUGAGACCAAGAUCUGCCUAUUCCAUGACAACCGAGGACAUGCCACUGAGGACUGCACCACCCUCAGAGAUGAACUAGAAAGGAUUAUUCGAGCAGGAUAUCUCCAACAAUUCGUGAAAGAGGAACCAGAAUCGCGUAAACAAUCUCCCAGGAAGGAAAUUGUACAAAAAAGCCCCAAACGGGUGUACGACACCGACGUUCUUCCGAGAGACCAUUCCCGAAGUCGCCCUGGAGAGAGAAUCACUCCCGAAGCUGUCCGAGGGAACGCGUAA